UCUUGCUCGAACGAACUGAGGGACUGUAUUCAGUUUCUCAGACUUUGAGAAUCGAGAUAAGUUAUUUCGGUUAAACCAGUCGCGAGCGUAAAAUUUCAUCAAUCAAGAUGGUUUUUAUUUUGCAUACUAUUUAAUUUGAAUUUGACAUGCACACGUAUUGUUUUCGCCGCAGACGCUUAGAGGAAUCAACUUGUCUCCAACAUGCAAGCAAUGAACAUUUCUGAUGCAUCACAACCCUGCCUCGACUCAACUCUAUCCUUGGAGCUGGCUAGCUUCAAGUUAUCGUCAACAUUGCAUGGUUUUCUCCUUGCCAUCUGCAUUACAAAUGGACUGUUGUCGGUUUUAGCUACCGUCGGGAACGCUCUUGUGUUAAUAAUCAUCCUCAAGUUCCCAUCUCUUCGGACUCUCUCCAACAUACUUAUAUUCUCACUUGCUCUUAUAGACGUGUUAGUUGGUGUGGUUGUGCAACCCUCCUUCGUAGUGUACAUCGCUGGCAAAAUCAACCUUGAGUUUUACUGCGGAGCGCUUCUUGCGUACUUAUACACCGAAAUAUUUUGCGUGGGACUUUCCUUGAUCACAUUGAGUCUAAUAGCCUGUGAGAGGUUCUUCGCCAUAGUUUACCCUUUCAAGUACAUCAACUACAUGACGAAACCUCGAUUGAUAACCAUUGUGGUUGCAGUUUGGGCAGUGUGGUUUUUAUUCAAUGUUAUUUGCAGAACUUUGAGAGUGAAAAAUGACGAAUUUUUCUCUCCCAUUGCCUCAGCUGUUAUUGGCUUCAGUCUGAUUUUGAACAUAGCUUUGUACUUUAAAAUAUUCAAAAUAAUAAGGCGACAUGAGAGACAAAUUAACGCACAGAACCUAGUGAACAGAGCGAUUCGCGCGCGCGACUCGCGCAAAGAUGACACCGGCAAUAGCUCUGCACAGGAGUCAACCUUGAGCUCAAGGGAAACGCAUAUGGCUCGAACUGUGGCAUAUAUUACAGGCGUGCUUGUUCUUUGUUAUUUACUUCUCAUGGUCACGUCGUUCGCCGACAUGCUGAUCGAAGACGAUGCACUUUUUGAUCAUUUGUUAUACCCUUUGGCGGAGACAAUCACGUUUUUUAAUUCUUCUCUCAACCCGUUUCUAUAUUGCUGGCGUUGUCGAGACCUCAGGGAGAAAAUUUGGCUGGUCUUAAAAGGGUCAAAAUACUCAACUAGCAGCAAACACAGCAGUCGACGAAGUGUUGAACAAAAACAAUCUACAGAGAGAGAGACUUCCACAAGGAGAGAGGAGCGUGUCUGAAAAAUCAUCAGCGAAGAUGCACUUGAGGAGGGGAGCGUGUCUGAAAAUCAUCAGCGAAGACGCACUUGAGGAGGGGAGCGUGUCUGAAAAAUCAUCAGCAAAGACGCACUUGAGGAGGGGAGCGUGUCUGGAAAUCAUCAGCGAAGACGCACUUGAGGAGGGGAGCGUGUCUGAAAAAUCAUUAACGAAGAUGCACUUGCAUUGGAAAGCCUUGGAAUGGUGGUGUUUUGCAAACGGUUUUAAACUUGAACUAAUCAAUGCAACAACUUCACUUUCCCUAUAGUACGUAGAGGUAAACCGAAUUCACAACGUCAAUUGUUAAGUACACAUAGCUUGAAUUCACUUUCAAUGGGGUGAAAAAUGAUUGACUGGAGAAAGAUUCGAGGAACGUACGACAAGUUAUAUAAAUGAUUAGGUGAAUUCAGCGUUGCAAUUUUCACACAUAUUUCAAAGUCUUCAAAAGCCGUCGAAAUAUCACUAUUAGACUUUCGAUGAUUGCGUUUUCCUUUCAGGUGGAAUAUGUAUGGAUGGCAUGUACAUGUAAGGUCGCUGUUUAUAUUUUUCUCCAUCUUACCCACUGCGAUAUACCAUAAUUAUUCUCCAUUGAUAUAUAAUACUACUGCAAAAUUUAAUGACAAAAAUAUUAUGACUAGAGAUAGUCGUAACUUAAACUUAACCAUACGUCCUAGAAAUGAAAUGUAUAUGGCCAAUCAAGGCCGAGGGUAAUUCUCUUACAUCAGAAUUAAGGCUCUACUUCCAGGAAUCUUAAAGUGAAUUGUAGAAGUAAACAGGUAAUAGGUGAUAAAGAU